AUGUGCUGGCUGCGGGCCUGGGGCCAGAUUCUCCUGCCGGUUUUCCUCUCCGUCCUCCUCAUACAACUGCUCGUCAGCUUCUCAGAGAAUGGUUUUUCCAAAAUCUAUAGUCCCAGGAACACUCAGAAACAAAAAGAUUCGAUUGAAGAGGCAUGCGCUGAAAAGAAAAGUUGUCAAUUGUGCAUAAAAGAUAAAAAAUGUAUUUGGUGCAGCGAAGAAAGGGCUUGCAAAAAAUAUUGUUUUCCAUAUUUUGGGUGUCGAUUCAGUUCUGCAUAUUGGUCAAACUGUAGAGUUGACAUGUUUGGAAUCCUGAUGCUUGUACUCAUUGCGAUGUUAGUCACAGCACUCAGUUGGUACUGCUGCGCCUAUUACUUUUACCUGCAGGAGUAUGUUCAUUUUGUCCUUAGUAAGAAUGCACUUUGA